AUGAAUACUGUUGUGGAUCAUGAUUGUGUUACAAUUGACGAACAAUCAACAACUAUUAGCGUUGAACAACUCAAAACAUCAUUGGAUAUAUUCAUUUCCGAAAUAAAGAAGUCUGAUAGCUCUACUGUGGAAAUUGAAUUGAUCAAACAAAUUGUUUCCUUAUUAACUUAUUUUUCAUCCAAGAAUAAACAACUAAUCGAUCAUGAACUCAUCACACAUCCACUUUUCAUCAUUCUACGUGAUUCUGUCCUUGUUGAUUAUCUUCGUCGAAGACAAAAUCAAGGUAUUGCAUGCGAACUAUUGUCCGAUCUGUCAACAUUUUUUGAAAAUAUCAGUCAUCAUAUCAAUAAUACUAAUGCUCAUCUAUUCAAGCAACUUCUUUUUCAUCAACCUUUAAUCAAUGAACUUACCAAUUGUCUCAAUGAGAUUGGUGACAAUGGUGAAUACUUAGAUGAUCCUCAUUUUCUCACUUCAAUUCAUUGUCUACUAAUGACAUAUCAAUAUUUUAAUAGAUUACAAAAUAUAAUAAAUGAAUCUUCAUCGACUACAUCAUUGCUUCUUGCUGUUAUUAAAUGCUUAUGUUCUUCAUAUUCUAUUGAAAUAAUAAAAAGCCUGGAAUAUAAUUUUUCUCAAAAACUCAAUCAAGGUCAAAUACUUCUUCUUACUACAUGUCCAUUGUAUCUCAAAUGGUAUCCACCUAUUCAUCAAUCGGAAGUUUUUCUUCAAAUACCACGUAUAUUAUUGAGUCCAUUUACUCAAUGGAUAAUAAGUUGUCAUUCAAAUUCAAUUAUUCAUUGUUCUAAAGAUAUUAGAAAUAUUCUACGUCGUUUGAAUAAUGUUCUUGUUCGUCUUGUCGAAUGGGAAGAUAUCAAUAUUUCAAAUCAAGAAUUCUAUAAUGAUUAUUGUAGAUUAGUUUCUAAAUGGACAUCAUUUUUAUCAGUGAUACUUAAUUAUUCAUCAAAUGAUUUGAAUGUUAUAUUAAUAAAAAAAAUGAUCGCUCAAAAUUUGUACGAUUUUACAUUACAUACAAAUGUAUUAAAUUUUAUGAAAACAAUACCAAAUUUAAUUCCAAUGCUACUUCAAAUGACUGAUAUUGAAGAAGAUGAAAUACAAUUGAAUACUUAUCGUUGCUUGGGUAAAUUAAUGAAUGAAACAGAUAUUAAAACUAUGGCAAGUCCGAAUUUUGUUCAACAUGAUCAAGUCAAAGAUGAAUUAAUAAAACAAAAUGCACUUCCAUUACUCAUACGAUGUAUAAUUGAAAAUGAAUUUGAUUCAACUAAAGUCAAACCAAUAGUUCUCGAAAUUCUUCUGGCACUUUCAUUUAAUAAUGAUGCUUCAUCGGCUUUAAGACAAAAUAUAAAUUUCAUAUCAAGAAUUCGAAAUCUUGUCAAUAGUACUAAUUCGGAGAAAUCAAAUUUACAACGAGCUGCUGAAGCUCUUCUUUGGAAAUUAGAAAAAGAAGCUGAAGUUGUUGCUAACUCAACUAAUUCAAAAUCAUAUAAAUACGAUAUUAUGAUAAGUUAUUCACAUAGUGAUCGACAAUUAUGUUAUCAAAUUUAUGAACGACUUGUUCAAGAUGGAUUUAAUGUUUGGAUCGAUCGUGAUAACAUGUAUGGAACUACAAUGAUUGAUGUGGCAGAAGCUAUUGAAAAUUCUGAAUUUGUUCUUAUAUGUAUGUCGGAUACAUAUAAACAAAGUGUCUAUUGUCAAUCAGAAGCACAUUAUGCAUUUGAACGACGUUGUCAUUUGAUACCAAUUAUUAUGAAACCUUAUUAUAAGCCUGAUGGAUGGCUUGGUAUUAUGGUAAGCGGUAAAAUUUAUGUAGAUUUUACUAAGAUCGAAUUUACAUUGGCUUAUGAAAAAUUGAAAAAAGAAAUAAAACAACAUUGUCAACUGAAUAUGAAUUAUUCAAUGAUAAAAUCUAAAGAAAACAACUAUCAAGAUAUUUCUUCUACGAUUUCGAAAUCUGUUCAACAUGCUUCGAUAUUGAUCGAUAGAUCUUCGAUCGUUGAACUACCUCAUUGCAUUACUCAAUGGACUAAUAAUCAUGUUCAAUCAUUUUUUCUAACAAACGGAAUUGAUAAUACUAUGCUUCUUCUAUGUUCACGAUUGGAUGGUCAUCGACUUUUACAGCUCUAUGAAAUUUGUAUGAUCAAUCGUGAAUCAAUGUAUCAAUCAUUGAAAAGUGAAUUAGCCAAUGUACACCAUAGAACAUUAACAAUUAGUGAUUAUGUUACUUUUCUUCAUGAAAUUCAACGUUAUAUUCCAUUAACGCAUACCAUUUCUCAAUCUACAUCAUCAUUUCUACCUUCUUCCACAGAUUGCUAA